AUGGAGCCGCAGGGCAAGAAGCCAGGAGAGGCCGCUGGAGCUCGAGUCACGGCCCAGCUGCUGAAGGAACGCACGGGUGAGUUCGCUCUGGACUCCAUCCUGCUGUUGAAGCUGCCCGGCCUCCAGCUGGUGGACCUGGGCUGCCUGGGCAAGUGCCUGGGCCUGGAGUGGCUGGACCUGUCUGCCAAUGAACUCACCCACCUUGGCCCAUUGGCCGCUCUGCGCCAGCUAGCCGUCCUCAACGUCUCCCACAACCGGCUAACCGGGCUGGAGCCUCUGGCUGCCUGUGAGAGCCUGCAGAGCCUCAAUGCUGCAGGCAACCUGCUGGCUGGCCCUGGUCAGCUGCAGUGUCUGAGCGGGCUUCGGGGCCUUGAGAACCUGCGGCUCCGAGACCCUCUGGCCCGGCUCAGCAACCCCCUGUGCUCCAGCCCCUCCUACCAGGCUGUAGUCCGAGAGCUGCUACCAGACCUGAAAGUCAUCGACGGGGAGCGGGUGACAGGCUGUGGCAGCGACCUCUACCAGUUAUGCCGAGACCUGGACAGCUCCCUGCGUCCUAGCCCCAGCCCCGGGCCCCGAGCCACUGAUGCCCAGCCUUGGGUAGAGCCUGGCUACUGGGAGUCCUGGCCCGCUCCCAGCAACUCCAUCCUGGAGGAGGCCUGCAGGCAGUUCCAGGCUACACUGCAGGAAUGCUGGGAUCUGGACCGUCAGGCUGAAGACAGCCUGGUCCAGGCUGAGCAGGCGCUGAGCCCUGCGAAAGCCCCCUCCUCCUUUGUGUUCUGA